UCACAUCAAACUAGUCACACUUCCAACCCUAAAACUUUCUUAAAUUUUAAAAGAUCGAAAAUUGGUUGCAACAUGGAUUUUAGCGAAAUUUUAGAACGAGGUUGUAGAGGGUGAAAAGGCAAUCACAUAUACAAAUUUGCAUAAAAUGAGGUCGCAGAACUCAAGUUUUUCAGCGAGUUCCAUACAAUUUUUUUUUUGCAAUUCCGAAAAACGUGAAAAACGCCCUUUCAAUGGAACUCUAAUCAACAGAGUAUUGAAAAAAAAAUAAGUUUUCGAAAUAAGUGCUGAAAGCUCAAACUUUUCCGCACCCAUUUCGAUUCUGCUUAGAAUUUGGUAGAGGAAAGUAGGCCGUUUCGUCGUUCGAGAAUGAAGGAAAAAGUAUGUAGUUUCACGACGAAAUUGCUAAAAAAGUUUUAUACAUUAUGACAUUUAUGGUACUUUAUAUAUGAUCUUAUAUCCGCAGGCAACUUGGUCCUGAAAUACAUGUGAGCGCUAGGUGAACAAUUCAAUCAUCUUUUAUAAGUUUGGAACAGAAUAGAACAAAAUGUUUUCCCGUUUCCCUCCCCAUGUGCCGAGACACUUCGUAUAGACGCCCUUGCUUCAAUCACGUCAAAUUAAUAAUCACGCCCCCAGCCGAACCUUCAUUAGAGACGCAGGCAAUCCACUACUCAGAGCGAACGACAGAAAAAUAUUUUUGCGAUUUUGAUUCAUUUUUUCCAUUUCUGUGAAAUACGUCUAACUUAUCCCAAGUUAACCCUACGGUACAGUGUUGAUAACAACACCAUUUCAAGUUCAGACAUGAAUGUGCGAAAAUGUGAGAUGGUAAUAUAACGCUAAUACCACCAGGAUAAUCACGAGAUAAGUUCAUACUAGCGACUUAUUUUGAGGUUUAACUUUUGUCAGUUUCCAGAUGUUUGAGAAUAAGACAUGGAGGAACCGCAUCCGAUGAUGAAACUUGUUGAUCUUCACAACAAGGAAUGCAAUGCCAUCGAAGUCGAGAUCAACAUCCCGUACGGAAAGAUCGCCGGAAAAUGGUUUGGUCCCCGGGACGUUAAACCGAUCCUGUGCCUUCACGGCUGGUUAGACAACUGUGGAACCUUUGACAGGUUGAUUCCUCUGCUCCCAAAAGAGCUGAGUUUCCUCGCAAUCGACUUCCCCGGACACGGCCACUCUUGCCGAAUUCCCGACGGCAUGGCUUACCAUCAGAUCGAUCGAGUUAUGGUGAUUCAGUACGUGAUGAACGAGUACGGAUGGGACCGGUUGGCCCUCAUGGGACACUCGAUGGGCGCUUCCGUGGCGUUUACCUAUGCGGGAUUGUUUCCCGAAAAGGUCGAGCUGGUGAUCGGGCUGGACAACUUUAGGCCGGUUCGUUAUUCUCCGGGGAGGUUCCUCAAGUAUGCCGGAAGCAUGGCAGUAAAAAUUUUGCAGGUGAAUUCGGAUGAGCGGAAGAACUCCGAACCUCCGCUGUACACGUACGAAGAAAUGGUUGAAGCCCUGCACAAGGGAUCUUAUCAGUCGGUAUCCCGGGAGUACUGUCCGUACCUGCUGCAGAGAAACAUUGCAAAGUCCAAAAAGUACCCGGAAAAGUACUACUUCAACUAUGCCAGAAUGCUUAAGUACGAUCAGAUCCCGGGUUGGACGGACGAAGCGACGGUCACGUUGCUCACGCGAAUUCGCGUACCCCAGCUGGUGGUCCAAGCUACGGAAUCGCGAGAUCCGGGAUCGCGAGCAGCGUUCAACACAGUGGUGAAGGUACUUAGCGAGGAGAAUCCGACGUUUCAGGUUGAGUAUCUGAAAGGAACCCAUCACGUUCAUCUGAACGAACCGGAAGUGGUGGCGCCGGUGAUAGCGGAUUUUCUACAGAAGUAUUGGUCAGCUGGUGAUCCCGGACAAUGUGGUAAAGUUACGAGUAAAUUGUAAUAAAGUAUUAUUUGGAAUUUUUAUUGAAA